CUUGGUAUACUGGAAAGGCUUAAUGCUGGUGAGGUCAUAGUAGGGGAUGGUGGAAUGGCGCAUGCUUUGGAGAGGCGUGGAUAUGUAAAAGCAGGACCUUGGACUCCAGAGUGUACAGUGGAACACCCUGAAGCAGGUCUGUAAAACAGGAUGGUAUUUUUUAUCUUCUGCCUGAUGCUUUUGGAACUAUCUAUUCUCUAAUCAUUGCCACAAUCACCGGGGAACAAUCAGGGAAAAGUCAGUGAGUUUUGGCAAAGUCAGUGAAGAGGCACACUUUUUACUUUCAGCUUUUUAUCACAGGAAUAUUUUUAACUGUCAAUGACCUGACCCCGGUUGUUUUAAAAACUUUGGAUAGUGCUAUCCAGCAGAUAAAAUUUAUUCAGUGGAUAGUGUUAUCCAAGGUUUGAACAACCGGGGCCUGCAGUAGAAUAUGAAGGAAUAAGAUGAGUUUUACACCCAGGGAGGAACAUUUCAACUUAUUUUUACCAAUCAGUAAAACUGUGACCUGCACUCAUGACCUGGUGUGGAAGGUGGUUCAUAAAAGAAACCUCAGGCAAGGCAAAAAAAUAAUGUUUUAAAACGUUUUUUCACUUCUUCAGUUCGACAGGUUCACCGAGAAUUUCUUCGGGCGGGGGCUGAUGUAAUUCAAGCAUUUACUUUCUCCAUGGAUGAUGACCUGGAAGGUGAACAUGCUAAAUAUGGGGUG